AUGACAGAUCCCGAGGUGGCCACGCUUGCAACUCUCACUAACGUCCAGAACUCGCUGUUCAUUCCCGAUCUGGGCUCCUUCCUGAACCGCCGUCCAACUUACAACCUGACCCGAGAGCCAACCUUCUUCCCUCCACCAGCAAAAGCCCCUUCUGUGAAGCCUCCUUCCAUAAAGCCUCCUUCUAUCAUGACUCAGAACCGCAUCGAGACGGAUGCCGACGAUGUUGAACAGCGUCCGGGCAUCGAUCGCACUUUCACCAUUGCUUCGCAUCUGAGUGACACCGAGGACCACUACGCCGUGCUUCCGCACGGCCUCAGUCUUGAAGGUUGGAGUUUGGCCGAAAAGCAGGAGCUGAACGACCAUGUUAGACACAUGUUGCAUUCGCGCCGUGCCGCUUUCAAACGAGGAAUGAAAGGCUUUGGUCAAUAUGUCCGCCGCCCCCUUGGCUUGUUUGUCACCGUCUAUGCCACCCUAGUAACCUUGUUCGGUCUGGCAUGGGUCCUCUUCUUGAUCGGUUGGAUCAAUGUCGGAGGUCGACAGUCUUAUAUCAUCAACGUCAUCGACAACGUCCUGGUCGCCCUUUUCGCUGUCGUUGGUGACGGUCUAGCCCCCUUCCGAGCAGUCGACACAUACCACAUGAUAUACAUUGCGCAUUAUCAUCAUCUGACGUGGAGCCUCCGCAAGAAGCGCAACCUUCCUAAGCUCAAGAACGAGAACGACCUGCCCGUCCAGCCAGGAAUCGAUGCGGAUAUCGAGAACGGCUCUACUGCCGAGGCUGCUUCCGUCCACGAUGUGCUCAGCGAAGAGCAGCAGAGAAAACUGAAGCAUCAUGAGGACAAAUUCUCAAAGUCCCACACCUUCUACAAGCCCCACGAAACCGAAACACACCACGCUUUCCCUCUGCGACUCCUCGUUGCUGUCGUCGUCCUGCUCGAUUGUCAUUCUCUCCUCCAAAUUGCUCUGGGUACUUGCACAUGGGCCAUCUCUUACCACGUGCGACCAUUCGCUCUCACGACCGUCAUUCUGUGCUUCUCAAUCACAUGCAACAUCACGGGUGGCAUCAUCAUCAGUAUUGGUGAUCGCAUCACUCGCAAGAAGGAUGUGGUGGAGCGCAUGUUCAGACAACAGCUCACGGAGCAAGCAAUCCACAAGAUGGAGAAGCGGCGUCAAAAAGAGAGUGAACGCAACGAAGAGCUGGACGAGGUUGUGACACAGUCGCCCUCGGACGGUCCUAGAAAAUCACCCCUCGACGGUACUGGACUGGAACCAGGAAGCAAUCCGAUUCAACCCAGGGUACUCGGUGCUGGUUUGGACGCAGCUCAGCUAGUCACCAAUCUACAUUAA